GGCAGGGCGUAAGCGAGAGAAGAAGAGAACAGCAGUGGAAACUACACAGGACAAAAAAGAAAAAGAAGUUGGGGCAGACGUAGAUGUGAGAAAGCCUCGACAGCAGGGAACACAACCGCUCACACUGCCUGGGCUUUUAAAGCUGUACAGGGGGAAUCAUGGCCUCUCUGCUGUCUGGAUCUGUCUGUUUUCUUUAUAUCUUGUCAGCAGUCAUGCCCGCAGAUUCAGCACAACAGUUAAACACAGUCUACAGGGUGUGUGCUCGAGGUUACUUCUUGAGUGAUCAGGAAACAUGUCUGCCCUGUAACUGUAAAGGCCAUGCUGAUAGCUGUCAGGACAUCACCGGGAUUUGUAUUGACUGUCGGGACCACACUCUUGGAGAUUUCUGUGAGCAAUGUGAAGACAGAUUUUUACCUGCGUUUCUUCCUGAUGGCAGCUUCAUGUGUAGACCAUGUGCCUGCCCACUAUCACUGGAGUCUAACAACUUUGCAGCUCACUGUGAUAAGAGGGGUGAAUUUCUGAGAUGUGUCUGCCAGGACGGGUAUGCUGGGCACUACUGCGAGAGGUGUGCUCCAGGUUAUUAUGGCAACCCUAUGGAGUUGGGCAAUUCCUGCAAGAAGUGUGAUUGUAAUGGCAACUCCGACCCCAACCUUAUCUUCAACGAGUGCCAUAAUGUGACAGGACAGUGCCUGAACUGCUGGGCUGACACUGCAGGUGACAACUGUGAAAGGUGUGCACCUGGUUUCUAUGGCGACGCCAUCAGUGCUAAAGACUGUCAAGAGUGUCAGUGCAAUAAGUGUGGUACUGCAUCAUGUGAUGACAGGUCAGGUGUGUGCCACUGUAAGCCUGGGGUCACAGGUCAGCUGUGUGACAGGUGUGAGGACGGUCAUUCUGGAUUUGGCUCCUGUAUGGGUUGCCGUCGAUGUGAAUGUGCUUCUGCUGCCCUGCGUGCCACCUGCCACCCUUUAACACACAGCUGCCAGUGCCGCCCGGGGGCUGGAGGCCGGUACUGCGAGCGCUGCCUACCAGGGUUCUGGGAUUACAGCACAUCUGGCUGCAAGAAAUGCGACUGUCCAGAAGAGAACUGUGACCUGCACACAGGAGAGUGUCUGCCUGAGGCUUCACAAAUCAGCGAGUGUAAUAUCAGCUGUGACGCGUGUAUCUGGAAUCUGAUCGGAGACAUUCGGCAGUCCAACAAAACUCUGGACCAGGUGAGGAACAGCGUGCUGAACAUUUCUACAGGAGCUGCAGCCAAUGACAGAUUGAAGUACUACAACUACACUGCACACCAGCUACAGGCUCAGUUUUUGGGCUGGAAAAAGAAUUAUGCGAUGAUGAGUAGAGAUACAGAUGACCUGGAGGGCGAAACUCAAAAUCUGCUGACUGACAUGAUCCAGCUCGCAGGAGAGGAGGAAGAAGUGCAGAAUUUUGGAGACCAAGUGGAUCAAGAGACACUUGCCAGCUCCACACUAGCAAAGACACUCACUGCUAACCUUACAUCGCUCAAUGUCCUCAUUGAAGAUAUGAUCAGGGACUGGGAAUUAUACGGUGUCUAUCAGGAGUUAGAUCCUCAGGUAAAGUUGCAGAAACUGGCAGAAGCUGAACGGAUCUUGGGCUGGAUGAGAAAACUGAACCUUUCCCCAAAAGAACCGCUUGCUUCAGACGAGUCCUCCGAGGCCCAUGAAUUGCUCAGACGGGUGCGCAACUUUGAGAGAAAUCUGAUGACCACACAGGGCCGUCUGUCACCCAUACAGGAAGUUCUGGGUCGGUUUACUUCUAAACUCUUUCAAGCUCAGGAUCUACUUAGCAAAGCUGAAGACACACUGAAACAGGCAAUCAGCAAAUACAAGACCAACCAGCUCAAACUACAAAGGAGAGAGGCACAGCAGCAGCGUCUGAAAGACCUCCAUGAUAGCGUCGAUCAAACAAUAGUCACGGCUGAGGCUGUUCUCUCUGAGGCAAAUCACACUGUUCAUGAGGUGGAAGAUCUGAUCACGAAUGUGAGAGAACAGCAUGCAGAAAUUGACGGAGCUCGUGACUUACUGGAAAGAAGGACAGAGAAGAUAUCUCAGUCAGAUAGAGAAGUAGUUCUGAGAGCCGAGGAUCAUGCCGAUCAGCUGCAGAGACACGCUGAAGAACUUCAGUAUAAUCUGAAAGGAAGUGACGCAAACGGACAUGUGCAGAAAGCCCUGAACGCCUUCAAUGUGUAUGACAAUAUUGUCAAAAGCAUAGACGAUGCUAACAUCACUAGCCUGACCGCUCUCAACAUCUCCAGCAGUACUCAUGGUGCUGUUGAUGAAUUAAGCUCUCAGCUGAACCGCAUGCAUUCUCAGAGUGCAACAGUGCUGAAAGAAGCAUCAUCCCUACACUUUCAGCAGCAAGACAGCGAAUCUAUAGUACUCGAUAAUAAGAAAUACAUUGAAGAGACCAAUGAAAUGAUGGAUGGCUCCUCUAAAAAAAUAGCUAAGAUUAUCACUGAGAUCAAUGCAAUUCACAAAGAUCGUACCCCGAAGCGUCUGCAGUUCACUCAGGAAGUGGCUGAGGGCACUCUGAACCGCUCCGCUGAGGUGUUGGAGAAAGUGACUCCCAUUUUAAAGAGAGUGGAGCAGUGGGACGGCAACAUGAAGACUGAAGCCUAUUCCGCUGUAGCAUUCGACCGUACUGUUCUGUCUGCUGGCGAGGCGGUGAAGGACCUGUCAGCGAUUGUGCCAGAGCUGCUCAGCAAGCUGCGUGUGGUUGAAGAGAAAAAACCUGUGAAUAACGUCACCACGAACAUCAUGAAAAUCAGAGAACUCAUCGCACAGGCCCGAAGCGUUGCAAAGAAGGUGCAAGUGUCCAUGAAGUUUGAUGGCCAGUCUGCUGUAGAAGUUCAUCCCCACACCAAUCUAGAUGAGCUGAAGACGGUGACGUCCAUCAGUUUCUACAUCAGAGUAGACCCAGACAAAGACCCCAUAGAAGAUCGCUUCCUGCUUUACCUCGGAGACAAACAAGGAAAGAAGGACUACAUGGGACUUGCCAUAAAGAACGAUAAUCUGGUGUACGUCUACAAACUGGGUGAAGAGGAAGUGGAGAUUCCACUCAGUUCGAAGCCAGUUAGCUCCUGGCCUCCGGUCUUCAACCUUGUUAAAGUGGAGAGGCUGGGUCGGCAUGGCAAAGUGUUCCUGACGGUUCCCAGUCAAGACACCACAGCCGAGCAGAAGUUUAUCCAGAAAGGAGAGCCAGACGGGACAGACUCGCUGUUUGACCUGGACCCUAAAGACAUGGUCUUCAUAGUUGGAGGAGUGCCUCCUGGUGUAACGGUUCCUCCAAUUUUGAGCCUGGCUCCUUUCGUUGGCUGCAUUGAGUUAGAGACCCUGAAUAAUGAUGUCAUCAGUUUGUACAACUUUAAACACCUUCACAAAAUGGAUGUUAAGGCAUCGGUGCCUUGUUCCAGGCACAAGCUGGCUUUCUCUCAGAGUCGUGUCACCAGUUAUUUGUUUGACGGCACCGGCUACGCUUUAGUCAACAACAUUGAGAGUCGAGGAAAGAUUGGCGUCGUCACUCGAUUUGAUAUUGAAGUUCGAACUGUCGCUAACAACGGCAUCCUCUUCCUCAUGGUCAAUGAGACCAAUUUUUUUGUGCUGGAGCUGAAAAACGGGUUUCUCCGUCUGAUGUACGACUUUGGUUUCGCUAACGGUCCUGUCAUCAUGGAGAGUAACUUAGCCAAGCUGCAGAUCAAUGACGCUCGCUAUCAUGAGGUGUCUGUAAUCUAUCAUCAUUCAAAGAAGAUCAUUUUGCUAGUGGACAGAAGCCAUGUCAAGUCCUUUGAAAAUGAAAAGAAACCCCUACCCUUUUCUGAUAUCUAUAUAGGAGGAGCUCCUUCUAGAAUUUUACAGUCUAGGCCAGAACUUUCAUCCUUAAUUGGAUUGAAGGGUUGUGUAAAGGGCUUCCAGUUCCAGAAAAAGGAUUUCAAUCUCUUGGAGGAGCAAGGAACCAUUGGUAUCAGCAGUGGCUGUCCUGAGGAAUCAUUUAUGUCCCAUAAGGCGUAUUUCACUGGAAACGGUUACCUGAGCUCUACAGCUAAAAUCUCACCAUUCCAAUCAUUUGAAGGAGGACUGAGCUUCAGAACACUACAACCCAACGGGCUCCUGUUCUACCACAGAGAUGGGUCAGAUGAGUUUUCUCUUUCUCUGGAGAACGGUGCUGUGGUACUCCAGGCCAGAGGAACUAAAGUCAAAUCCCAGAAGAAGAGUUACAGUGAUGGGCGCUCUCAUUUCUUAGUUGCCUAUGUGACCAAUCAGAAAUAUGAAAUUGUCAUUGAUGACAAAGACAAGCAGGAUAAGAAGAAGCCGUCUUCCACGUCUCAGUCAGACAACAUUCCAAAGACCUUCUACUAUGGAGGCUCUACAUUGAGUUCCAUACACAAUUUGACUGGGUGCAUCAGUUAUGCCUACAUUAACAGGCAGGACAGAGACAUAGAGCCAGAAGAUUUCCAGCGCUACAGUGAGAAUGUCCAGGCAUCGCUGCAGGACUGCCCGAUUGAAAGACCCCCGUCUGCUCUGCUCAAAGACAACAGAGACUCCUCUAGAAGAAGUCCAGGGCACUCCCGCAAGGUGGGCAGGGAUGAGUCCAGCCUGCCACAUGGCUUGAAGAGCAAUCCUUUGAACAUUCUGGAGAAGGAGGAGGCGUCCUGUUACCUGUCGUCCCGCCCACGUGUAACCCCCCAUGCCCAUCACUAUGGGGGAUCUGCCCACAGCAGACUUGAGUACACAGGCAUCGCCAGUGCCAUCAAACAUGAAUCUCACUUCUCUCUGUCUCUGAAAACUCGUUCAGCGUUUGGUCUGAUCUUCUACCUGGCCGACACGUCUGAGGAGAACUCAAUGGCUCUGUUCCUAACUCACGGAAGACUGGUAUUCACGUUCAGCUCGGGCCAAAGCCAACUCAGAAUCCGAUCCAAGGAGAAGUACAAUGACGGACAGUGGCAUGAUAUUAUCUUUAUCAGAGCUGGAAAUAUGGGCAGAAUGCUAAUAGAUGGUCUUACAGUAUUAGAGGACAGAGCUCCAGGCAGAAACAGCUCACUGCUUGUCAAAGACCCUCUCUAUGUUGGCGGAGUCCCACCUCAUCAGGCUAUGAAAAACAUCCAGAAGACAUCUGUGUCGAGUUUCACUGGCUGUGUGCGGAGUCUCCAGCUGAAUGGCCGCUCGCUCACCUCUGCCUCCCACAGUUUUGGGGUCACCCCCUGCUAUGAGGGCCCCUCGGAACCAGGGACAUACUUCACUGAGGAAGGCGGAUAUGUGCUGCUGGAUGACUCCUUUCAUUUUGGCUCAAGCUUUAAGAUGGUGAUGGAGGUUCGCCCUCGUGUGGCUUCAGGGGUGCUACUGCAUGUCUUCAUGGAGCAGAAGGAAUAUCUCACCUUGUACAUCUACCAAAGCCAGGUGGUGGUUGUGGUGAAUAAUGGUAUCACUGAGUUCUCCACCCACGUCUCUCCCAGACAAGACAUCUGUGAUGGAAACUGGCACAAGAUCACAGUGAUCAGAGAUGGUAACGUGGUUCAGCUUGACGUGGACUCAGAGGUGAAUCAUGUUGUGGGAUCUGUCAGUAAAGCAGCACAGAGCAGCAGUUCCCCAGUGUUUAUUGGUGGAGCUCCAGACCCCAUGCUGUCCCACAGUCUGCUCAGCAGGAGAGGCUUCACAGGCUGCAUGAGGAGCGUGUUUGUGAACGAGACUCCAGUGAGCUUCAGUAAAGCAGCGCUGGUCAGCGGAUCAGUCGGGGUGGGCGCCUGUCCUUCUGCUUGACCUGUGCCCGCUCUGUCUUCAAGACCUCCCAAAGGAAGAGGUGUUUAUUGCUUGGGUUUCAGUAAAUGAAUGGAGCACCACCGUCACUGCAUUUAUCAUCAUUUAUAACUAUUCUAUUACUUUUGCAUUAUUUCCUAAACCUGAGCACGGCAUCCGUAAUGUUCAACUGAGACCGGAAGAUCUAUAUGUGUUUGAAUGACUGAUACUUUAAACAAAAGUAUGUGAGAGACCAAGAGAAAGACUAAACAGUCAUAUAUAUAUACUGUCUUGUCAUUUAAAUAAACUGCUUCACUUGCACUUCUAUUUACAA